AAUAGCGCUGCCCCCACAAGCAGAGAGAGAGAGAGGGAGAGGGCAGCAGAGCACUUGCGUGCAGGGCUUUUCCACUGCUCUCUCUUCGUCCCUCCUUCGCCCCAUAUCCCCUCUCUGAUUGGGAUGGGAUCGCAGAAAGGGAUAAUGGCUUUUGCAAUCCACAGGCCUCCUCUCACCCUAGCCUUAUUCCCCAUCAUUCUCUCUCAGGAAUCUCUCCUUUCUCAAGAAUCCCUGAAUCAAGAUUGCUGCUUUCCCUUCAUCACCCCAUCCUAUCCACCAUAACCAACAUCGUCAGCUCCAAUCCCGUUCUUGCCUGCUUUCCUUUCUACUGGGUCAAAGCCACCAGCUUGGACUCGUAGGAAGUAGGUCUUCUGUCUUUGCCGACUUCUUCUUCUGAGCUUUUCGUGGUGUCUGCUGGGUAUUUUGGCUCUGAUUCUUGUUUGGAGCUGAUAAAGAUUUGAUCUUGCUGCCGUCCGGUCCGCCCCUUCGUUGAUUCCAGGUGGUCACGGUCCAGGAAGUGCUGAGUGAUGAUGCCUCUUGUGGCUUCUCGAUAGCUCCACCAUUUCUGUCAUUCUUUUUCUUGAUUCGCCACCGUCCAUCGCUGUCGCCGUCUCCGGACACCAGGUCCAGCAGCCCUCUUCCCCGGCGAGCAUCGGAACACCAACCAUCUCGGUCGUUCUUCGGGAUCAGCCAUCGUUUGUCGUUGCCAGCAUCAUGGCCGUACGUCUGCCGGCACUCCUCAUCCUUCCCUUGGUUGUAUCAGCAGUAAUACUGAGUUAUUGAUGGUGAUUUUAACACUAAAUGUGAAGAGAAAAGAAAGUUCACAGAUUAAAUAAGAGAAGUACUUGCUGCUUUGAAUGAGUUCUUUGCCUAUAUUUGGAUCUGGAUUUGGUCUUCUUACCCCUGGUUUUGAUGGUAUGUCAGUGGCUUUUUUAUGAGAUACCCAUGAAUUGGUUCAUUGAUGCCCAAAUAAUGGAGCAGAAGACUGGUUAUCUUAGUGAUAAGAGCAAUCUGUGGUUGGAGUUGUUGAAGAAGUUCUCAAUAAAGGAUUGGAAGAAUAACCUUUGCAACCGCUUAUUUGGAUCAAAGAAGGUUAGAGGGACCUGGUGGAGGAAGCUGCUGCUCUUAUGGAUAAUUGGAUGGUUCCUUGGUUCUCUAUGGAUCUUCUGGUUUAUGAACUCCCAAGCAGUGGAGAAGAGGCGAGAGAUGCUAGCAAGCAUGUGUGAUGAGCGUGCUAGGAUGCUUCAGGACCAGUUUAAUGUCAGCAUGAACCAUCUUCAGGCCCUAGCUAUCCUGAUCUCGACCUUUCACCAUGCUAAGGAUCCAUCUGCCAUUGACCAGAUAACCUUUGCUCGAUAUGCUGAAAGGACUGCUUUUGAGAGACCACUGACGAGUGGUGUGGCAUAUGCUGUGAAGGUGUUGCGUUCAGAAAGAGAACAGUUUGAGAAGCAACAAGGUUGGAAAAUUAAGAGAAUGGAUUCAACAGAGCAGCCUCCAGCUCGGGAAGAAGACGCAGAUCUUGAGAACCGGGAUGAAUAUGCUCCAGUUAUUUUUGCCCAGGACACUUAUAGGCAUGUAAUUUCAUUUGACAUGUUAACUGGAAAGGAAGAUAGGGAAAACAUCCUACGAGCUAGGGAAUCCGGGAAGGGUGUUUUAACUGCUCCUUUUCGGCUCUUAAAAUCAAGAAGACUUGGUGUUAUUCUGACAUAUGCAGUUUACAAGUCAGAACUCACUUCAAAAGCGACACCAGCUGAACGCAUCCAAGCAGCCAUAGGGUAUCUAGGUGGAAUCUUUGAUGUAGAGGCUCUCGUGGAUAAGUUACUUCACCAACUUGCAUGCAAGCACUCCAUGAUGGUCAAUGUUUACGAUAAAACCAAUCCUGAUGAACCAAUUAUUAUGUAUGGUUCAAACAUGACCAAUGUUGGUCUAUACCAUAUUAGUACCCUUAAUUUUGGUGAUCCAAUAAGAAAGCAUGAGAUGCACUGUAGGUUCAAACAAAAAUCUCCAUUGCCAUGGCUUGCAAUAACAACAUCAAUUGGAACCCUUGUUAUCGCUUUACUGGUUGGAUACAUAUUCCAUGCUACUGUCAGCCGAAUUGCCAAAGUAGAAGAUGAUUAUCGACAAAUGAUGGAACUUAAAGGGCGGGCUGAAACAGCAGAUGUUGCGAAAUCUCAGUUCUUGGCGACUGUUUCUCAUGAAAUCAGAACUCCAAUGAAUGGUGUAUUGGGGAUGCUUCAAAUGCUUAUGGAUACUGAUCUAGACAUAACACAAGAAGACUAUGUUAGAACUGCCCAAGCCAGCGGAAAAGCUCUGGUGUCACUUAUAAAUGAGGUUCUCGAUCAAGCAAAGAUUGAAUCGGGUAAACUUGAGCUUGAAGCUGUCCCAUUUGACUUACGGGCAGUAUUGGAUGAUAUUUUGUCACUUUUCUAUGGAAAGGCUCAAGAGAAAGGACUAGAGUUGGCAGUGUAUGUCUCUGAUCAAGUUCCUGAUGUCCUUGUUGGUGACCAUGGAAGAAUACGCCAGAUUAUCACAAAUCUGAUAGGAAAUUCAAUAAAAUUCACAGAGAGAGGACAUAUAUAUUUGACUGUCCAUAUUUUUGAGGAGGUGUUGAAUUCAUUGGACAAGGAAGUAGAAGUCCAUUCCACAGAUACCUUGUGUGGCUUUCCAGUGGCAAAUAGAAGGCGUAGCUGGGAAAGCUUUAAGAAUUUCAAGCUGGAACUUCCUGCAUCUGAUCCAUCUCUUCUGUCAACCUCUUCCAAUCAUAUAAAUCUGAUCAUAUCUGUUGAAGACACCGGGGUGGGGAUUCCUCUAGAAGCCCAGUCCCGUGUGUUCACUCCUUUCAUGCAGGUGGGACCUUCAAUUUCUCGCAUUCAUGGGGGAACUGGUAUUGGACUCAGCAUUAGUAAGUGUUUAGUUGGCCUCAUGAAGGGAGAAAUUGGUUUUGUGAGUCAACCUCAGAUUGGUUCCACUUUUACCUUCACAGUGGUCCUCACAAGGGCUUGCACUAAUUCAAAUGAGUACAAGUCAUCAGAAUUUCAUGGGAUGAUUGCACUAGUAGUCGACCAUAGACCAGCCCGAGCAAAGGUCACAAAAUACCAUCUUCAGAGGUUGGGAGUAAAUGCUAUACUGGAAAUUGAUCCAAAUCAAGUUCUUUCUAGAUUAACUAGUGGAACAUCGACAAUAAAUAUGGUGCUAGUGGAAAAGGAAACAUGGUCGAAAGAUUCUAGCAUUUGGCCUUUUAUUAUUAGCAAAUUAAAGGGUAAUCAAUUGGAUAUACCAAAAAUUCUCCUUUUAGCAAAUCCUACAAGUUCUGUUAAGAAUAACGCUUCUAGUUCAAUGGAAUAUAUCUCGACUAUAAUCACAAAGCCACUCAGAGCAAGCAUGCUUCAAGUAUCUUUACGGCGAGCUAUGGGUUGUGGAGAUGGGGAACAUUCCCGAAAUGGCCGGCUUCCCCAGUUGUCAUUGCGUGGCCUUCUUCAUGAGAAGCAGAUUCUUGUUGUUGAUGACAAUAUUGUGAAUCUUAGAGUAGCAUUUGGUGCUUUGAAAAAAUAUGGAGCUGAAGUAACUUGUGCAGAGAGCGGAAAGAAGGCCAUAGGCAUGCUCAAGCCUCCACAUAAAUUUGAUGCUUGUUUUAUGGAUAUUCAGAUGCCUGAAAUGGAUGGAUUUGAAGCUACUAAAAGGAUACGUGAGAUGGAGGCCGAUAUAAAUAAGCAAAUAGAGUGUAGGGAAGUUCCAGUUGAGACUUUUGAGAACGUCUUGCACUGGCAUGUUCCUAUAUUAGCCAUGACAGCAGAUGUAAUCCAGGCAACACAUGAGGAGUGUCUAAGGUGUGGAAUGGAUGGCUAUGUGUCAAAGCCUUUUGAAGGGGAACAGCUUUACAGGGAAGUCACUCGGUUUUUCAAACAGCCACAAAAAAGAAUCGAUAAUGAAGUUAAAUGUUGAGGAUAUGCAUAUGAUAGGAUGUUGGUACAUGUAUUCAUCGGCUUCAGCAUCAGGCACUGUCUGAUAGAAUAUAGAGGUGGUUUUGAAAAGGGUGAGAGUUGGAGAUGAUCUGAUCUUUGCUUGUUCUCCUCCCACUUGGUUCCACCUAAUUUUUACCCUUGCUUGAUACCAAGAUUUCUGUGAGCUGCACAACCUUGAUGCAAUUUUCGUUCUCGAUACAGUAUGAAGGAGAAACACCUCUUCUGGCCUGGAUGGAAACCGUCGAUGUUCUCUACCUUGUUCCAUAAAGUGGAUUUCGAAAUGUUCUAAAUUUCCCCCCUGGAGUAUACAGAGUGUACAUAGAUUAACAGUCAUUUUACAUUUUUUUUUUCCCUAUUUACUUGCUGAGUAUGUGAUAAAUAUGUGUUCUUCAAUGAAUAUGUGAUAAAUAUGUGUUCUUCAGCAAUGAAAGAAUUCGAUGAUGUAAAUUAAAAAUAUUUAAUAAAAUUCGUUUCCACGAGUUGGAUU